AUGUCGGACAAGCCACAGGCAGCUCCAACUGCCUAUCCGGCAAGCCCGCUGAAGGAACAGAACCAAGAAGGCGGCCGAGGGUUGCUCAAGGACAAAGCCGUGAUUGUAACGGGCGGGGAUUGUGGCAUUGUACGCGCCGCUGCCGUGCUCAUGGCACGCGAAGGUGCCGACAUCACCUUCGUCUAUCUCCCGGAAGAAGAGGAAGAUGCCCAAUGGACAAAAGCUCAGAUCGAAAAGGCGGGCCGGCAAGCUCAACCGCUUGCUCUGGAUGUCACUUCGGAAGAGAACUGCAAGAAGGUUGUCGAGGCACACAUGAAGAAAUUCGGCAAGCUCUCUGUCCUCGUCAACAAUUCGGCGAUGCAAGAGAUCUGCAAUGACAUUCAAGACAUCAAUCUCGGGGUUGUGGAAAAGACUUUUCGCACUAAUAUCCUGAGCAUGUUUGCCAUGGUCAAAUAUGCACUACCCCAUAUGAAGCGCGGAUCGAGUAUCGUGAAUUCGAGCUCGGUGGCUGCAUACAUGGGCAAUCCUCAGCUCUUGGAUUAUAGCUCGACUAAGGGAGCGAUCACAACUUUCACGCGGAGUCUGGCGCAGCAGCUGGCGCCUAAGGGUAUCAGGGUCAAUGCUGUUGCACCUGGAAUCAUUUGGACUCCUCUUCAGCCUGCUACGAAAGGCAACCCGCCUGAAGCAAUGAGUGCGCUGGGAGUCGAGGAGGCGCCGCUCCAACGACCGGGUAUGCCUGUUGAAAUGGCCACAGCGUACAUAUUUCUGGCGUCACCUCUGGGAUCAUACUUCACGGGUGAGACCAUCCAUGGCACGGGUGGGUUGGAAAUGCACGGAUGA